AUGCAGGACAAGGCACAGAGCCAGCAGUACCUGACACCAUGGGAACAGAGCGCCCUCGUCAAGUUCAUCUUACACAUGUCAGAUCUCGGACGGCCCGUACGAAUCAAGUACAUCCCCUCGCUCGCCUUUGUCGCUACCCGCAGUCGACCCGUGACGGACAGACCCUCCAAGCCUCCAGGCAAGAACUGGGCAAAGGCCUUCGAGAAGCGCCACCCAGAGACGGCGGCGAGACGCAACAACAUCGCCGAUAAGAUGACACACUGGUUCGAAGUGAUCGGGGAGGUACUGCGCGAUCCAGCCAUCGUAGCGGGGAAUGUCUACAAUAUGGACGAGACUGGGGUCAUACUAUCUAUGCUUGGCUCCGUAAAGGUGCUCGUAGGUAAGGAUGACAAACGAAGGUAUAGAGGCGCGCGCGUGAAGCGAACGAUGGUGGCUGCUAUCGAGUGCAUUAGCGCUGACGGUAGGUGCCUAAACCCGAUGAUCAUUUGGCCGGCUACCACCCACCGAAGUAACUGGACUACCUUUCCUACUCCUGGAUGGCAUUAUGCGUACAAUGAGUCUGGAUACACCGACUCCAACAUCAGCUUGCAGUGGCUCAAGCGCGUGUUUGAUCCCGAGACCAAGGAACGUGCUAAUGGGAGACCGCGUGUACUAAUCUUUGACGGCUUCGGGACGCAUUAG